AUGAUGGAGGGUAUCGAGAUUCAAGAUGGUGCUCAGCCGUACUCUAGUAUGGCUGGGAAGCUGGAUUCCAGACUCCUCAAAGCCCUCGACGUGAUGGGAUUUUCGUUCAUGACCCCAGUCCAACAGCGUGUUUUGACGGAACUUCCCACUUGGCGCACCGACUGCCUCGUUCAAGCCAAGACAGGCACGGGUAAAACUCUUGCCUUUUUGCUGCCAGCCUUACACUGCCUUUUGGAGGCUCGUGCUGCACCUCCCAGAGGUCAGGUUGCCAUUUUGAUCAUCACGCCAACCCGAGAACUCGCCCAGCAAAUCGCCAAGUCAUGUGAUCAACUGACAUCGCAGCUUGCGCAGCCUUUGGAGUGCCAUAUUGCAGUCGGAGGAACUGCCCGCGCAUCUGCUCACUCCCGUUUCAUGAAUGGAGCACCUUCAGUUUUGGUUGCGACUCCGGGACGUCUGAAGGACUACCUGUCUGAUGAGUACACCGCUGAGAAGCUGGCCAACAUCCAAACCCUCGUGUUGGAUGAAGCCGAUACGAUGCUCGAGAGUGGCUUUUUGGCCGACGUGAAGCAAAUCUUGAAGAUGAUUCCUUCCAAGAAGCAACACGGCUGGCAAGGCAUGUGUUUCUCGGCCACAAUCCCGCCCAAGGUUAAGGAUGUAGUCAACGUGGUGUUGAACCCAGGCUACGCAAGUAUUUCGACUAUUCAAGAGAAUGAGACACCGACUCACGAGAGAGUUCCCCAAUACCACGUUAUCAUUCCGUCCGUGGCAGAGACCUUUACAGCACUCACAUCCCUAUUGAGCAUCGAGAGCAAGCAAUGCUCGAAGAUCAUCGUCUUCGGCGUUACUGCGAACAUGGUGGCUCUCAUGGCCAAGGUGUUUGCCCAGGGUUUGACUCCGUUGAAGGUGUUUGAAAUCCAUUCCAGACUUAACCAGGGCGCUCGCACGAGAACCACUGCUCAGUUCAAGGAGGCAUCGGCCGGAAUCCUGUUCGCCUCGGAUGUCAUCGGCCGCGGCAUGGAUUUCCCCAACGUCGAUCUGGUCAUUCAAGUUGGUCUGCCCUCGAACGGCGAACAAUACGUCCACCGUGUCGGUCGUACCGCCCGUGCAGGCAAUGACGGCCGUGCCAUUAUCCUCCUCACCCCAGCCGAGUCCUUCUUCAUGAAGGUCAACCGUCACUUGCCCAUUCAGCCUCACCCCGAAACCAAUGCAGUUCUCGAGGGUGCCACUACAUGCACAGAGACUGUUACUCAAGCUAUGUACAAAAUCGACGAAGAAACCAAGCAGCGCGCCUACUCGUCAUACAUCGGUUUCUUCGCUGGCUCUGGCCUCCUGAAACAGGUCCGUCUUGAUAAGCCCGGCUUGGUCCAACUCGCCAACGAGCUGGCUAUCAAGGGCAUGGCCUGCCCUGAGCCUCCACCAAUGGACAAGAAGGUCAUUGGCAAGAUGGGUCUGAAGGGUGUCCCCGGUUUCAACUACGCGACUGGAAGUGACCUCAACGGAUACAGCGCUCCCAGACCUCGCGGCAACCAGCCCGGCAAGAAGCGUGACGCUCUGAGCCCUGGCGCCGGCCAAGGAGGCGCUCGAGGCGGUGUUGACAAGAACCGCGGUGGUCGCGGUGGUGGCGGUCGAGGAGGCCGCGGAGGUCGUCGUGGUGGAGGUCGUGGGGGCAAGCCAAAGGCAGCAUGA